AUGAAAGCCCAGGUGCCGGUGGCAGGGUGGGCAUUCACCACCCUCUGCUUAGUCUCAUACACGGCUACCUUCUCCCAUGGAGCAAGUCUUGUGGCCUGUGUGGAUAUGAAGCCCAAACAUAUCAGAGCUCAGCUCCAAAUCCCCAGGAACAACUACAUCAUCAUCCACUCCAACAUGUCCACCUUCUCUCCUGGUGACAAAGUUGCGGUGACUGUGAGGAGCAGUCGAGACUUCAUGGGGUUUUUGCUUCAGGCUCGCAGAGUGUCUAAUGAUGAAGUAGCUGGCACUUUUGUUUUUGUUCCGUCUGUUUCCAAACUGAUGAAUUGCUUUAAAAAAGAUGACACAGUCACCCACUCAGAUAAAUCCCUGAAGAGAAACCUGUUUUUUGUUUGGAAGGCACCAGAUCAACACACUGGGGACAUCAAGUUCUUUUUAUCAGUAGUCCAGUCAUAUUUCGUUUACUGGGCAAGGAUUGAAUCAGUUGUUGUGUCUCAGCAGACACAAAACAGAACACUUUCUGAUAGGAGCGAGGAGCCUGGCCCCGAAGGACAAGCCCCGAUGCUCCUCCGGCCAGUGAGAAUUGUGCCUUUGUUGCAGCUUCUCAGGAGUGGCAGGUGGUUACUGCACCCUGAAAAAUCCAACUCCGGAAAAGGGGCACACAGCUCACCCACAGCUCCUGGGACCCCCAGGCCCUUCCUGAACUGUGAGCAGAAUGGUCAGCAGGAGAAACCCGAGGGACUGAAAGGGAAUGAUGAAGCCACAUUGACCAUUCUGUACUUCCUCUUUGGGAUGUCAAAGGAGCUCCGGGACUCAUGGUUGGAUGGAGAGAAGGUGGCCGAAGGCCAAUUUGCAAGCUUCUUGAGGGGCUUUACAUUAUCCGUUUCCGAGGGCCUUGAACAGUACUCUGUCUACAGUGAUCCCUGGGACUUCUUUGUUUUGACAAGAGCUCCUCUGCCCACAGCAACCCUUUUCCCAGCCCACCUUCUCAGCCCUCAGCAUCUCUCAGCCACAGAGGCGGUACCUCAGCUUGUCAAUGGGGAAGCCAGCUUGAUCAUCCCUGGAAAUGCUCCUACAACCUCCCAACAAGUGGCCACGAGGGAGUCAGCGAUCCCCAAAGCUUCAGCCAAUUUCUUAUCCCAAUCAGCUACUGGUGGAGAAGAGGAGGAGGGGCAGGAGAGGAAAGAAGGUGAUAAAAAAGAAGAUAGUGGACAUACUCUUCCCUGGGUGACCAAGCCUAUGCCGGGGACUGCAAGGCCAGGACGAGAUGGAGGGGGCUCCCAUCAGGAGACCGAGAGCAUGGCAGCGCAGCUGGGCAUCCUCCUCUGCCUCUCUGCCACUCUCGGCAUGGCUCUGGCUGCUCUUCUGCGCUGUCUCCAUGCCCAAUAUUGCCACAAGCGAACAGAAGUGUCUUUCAGUGAACCAGACAGUGACAUCCUUGCUAGGACAGAUAGUGAGGAGGUGAUGCAUGUCAAGAAGAUACUGGAGAAUAGUUUUGUGCUGGUUCAGGCUGAGUACAACUGGAUAACCCCUACAGCGGGGAUGAAGAAAACUCUAGUCUGAGAACCCAAUCCCACUGACUUUUUCAGAGACCUUAAUUGGUAGGGCCAGUCUGAAAGAGCCAUGUUAGGCAGAAUUCCUACCGCACAGCUGCCUUAACCAUAUCCCCUUCUGAAUCUACUUCAACAAGUACUCUUCAACCCAGAGAAAUGAUAGAAGGACAGACCAAAUUGUGUUUGUUUUUAAGCAAAAGAGGGAGUAUUUUGUGAGCUCUGUUUUCCUAACACUUGUAAUUUAGCUUUUUUUCUUUGCAACUGCAAGUUCUGUUUGAAGAACUAAAUUUAACACAAUGAAUAUUGUAU